AUGGAUAAGGUUGAUUCUGAGUUUGGUCCAUUAAGGAAGUCCAAGGGAAAAGUUGAUUCGAAUAAGAUCAUCGAUGAUAUAAAAGUCGAUCAUGAACAAUCUAAUAUUUUGAAAAACAUUAGUCUGAUACCGAUCAAACGUAAUUCAGAGGACACAGAUUAUGAUAAUAAAGAUGGUGAUAUUUCAAAUAAUUUAAAAAAGAGCAAGGUGACAACAAAUAACAUGGAUCAAGAAAAUGAGGCAACUACGAAAAAGGAUAUGGAAUCUAGCCCUUCAAGUUUGAUUUCAAAUACACAUGCGAAUGUAGAAUCUGACUUUAUGAAAUUGAAGGAAUAUUUAUUAAAGCAAAUAUAUCAUACAUUACCUCUACCAGAUACACAUAUUUUUACAUAUUUAAAAGAUACUGAAUCUGAAAUUGAUAGAAUAUUAAAACAAUCAAUAAUUCAAAAAGAAUCACACUCAUGCAUACUUAUAGGACCAAGAAAAAGUUAUAAAAGUUUUCUAUUAAAUCACCAGAUAAAAAAAUUGUCGGAAAACUAUAAACAACAAUUUAUAACGAUUAAAUUAAAUGGGUUUAUUCAUUCUGAAUCAACUGCAAUCAAAGGUAUUGCUACUCAAUUAGAGAAUCAAUUAUAUAAAAUUCAUGGUAGAAAGAAAGAUAAAAAAAAGUCAGAAGAAGAAGAAGAAGCUACAAUUAGUAGCGGUUCAUUAACUGAAGUUUUCGAAAAAAUUUUGAGAGUUCUAGAUACUUCAAAAUCGUCAAAACAUAGCUCCAAUACUAAAAUAACUGUCGUCUUCAUCUUCGAUGAAAUCGAUACAUUUGCUGGUCCUGUAAGACAAACUUUAUUAUAUAACUUAUUUGAUAUGGUUGAACAUUCUAGGGUCCCAGUUUGUAUAUUUGGUUGUACAACAAAGUUAAACAUAUUAGAAUACUUUGAAAAAAGAGUAAAGUCAAGAUUUUCCCAAAGAAUAUUAUAUAUGCCACAGAUAGAAAGUUUACAACAAUUCACAGAUACUACAGAAGAAUUAUUAAAAGUACAUAAGUUAAAUGCUUUCGAAUAUUCACAGCAAUGGAAUACAUUUAUAUCUGGCGAGUUAAAAAAUGGAUCCUCACCUCUGUCAAAACUAGUCAAAAAAGACUACGAAUUAUAUAAUUCCAUUGUACAUUUAAGACACUCUCUAGUACCAACCAUUUUUAGAGCAACAUCAUUUUCUUCCUUAUGUGAAUACUUUAAAAGUUAUAAUGUAUUAAACAGAUAUGAUAUGAAUCAAAUGGAUGAUUCGUUGGUAAAGAAAAUAAGUUCAUUAUCAGAUCUAGAACUAGCAUUCUUAAUUUCAAUUGCAAGAGUUAGUUUAAGAUCAAGAGAUGAGACAUUUAAUUUUAAUUUAGCUUAUGCUGAAUACGUCGAUAUGAUUAAAAUUUUAAAUGCCAAAAUCCCAACGCUAGCACCUUCAGCGGCAAAUGGUAAAACCAUCAAUUUUGAUAACACUACAAAGAUUUGGAGCAAAAAUGACCUAAAAAAUGUAUGGGAGUCACUUAUCUCAUUAAACUUUCUAACUGAGAAAGGUGAUCUAGGUCUUAGAGAAACUGCAAUCGCCGUAUUCUACGCAAGUAAUUAUCAAUUCCAUGGAUCUACUAUACCAUUUGAUCUAAGAAUUUUCCAGUCACAAGUUACCUUGCAUGAAUUAAGGAAAACAAUACCUAAAUCUUCAUUGUAUUAUUCAUGGACUCAGUUAUGA